CCAUUUAUGGUUACAGAAAGCUUCGUAACAAGGGAACUAAGUUAGGAGUUUAGCCACAGCAAAGCAAACUCAGAGAAGUACAGGAAAGGAGAAGGGAAAAAAAAAAAAAAAAAAUCCCUUUCAGCUCUAAGUUCCACUGCUAUCACAAAUCUGUCAUGUAACAGAAGUUUUUUCAUCAGAGAAAGAACCAUUUCAUCAAAAAAAAAAGAGAUUGUUUCACAACUCUAAAUUAUGUUGGGAAAAAAGUUGGUGACUGCACAGAAGCGGGGGGAGACAAGAGCCCUGUGCCUGGGACUGGGAAUGGUCGCGUGCUCCACGAUGAUGUACUUCUUCAUUGGGAUCACCAUUGUGCCAUUCUACACUAAAAGUGUCUGGACAACAGAAACUGUGUGCAAGGUACUCAAAGCCAACAUCAAGGACAAAGUUCUCUGCGCAAACAGCGAAGGCUCAGAGGAUGAGGAUAUCUUUCCUUAUCCCUGUCUACAGGUGUGGGUUAAUCUGACAGCCUCAGGACAAGAGGUUAUGCUGUAUCAGACUGAAGAUACACUGGAAAGAAAUCCUAAGUGCUCAUACGUCCCAGGCAAGUCGGAGAACAUUAAAGAAGUUAAAGCACGAAUAGAAACAAUUGCAAGCAAUUUCAAAAAAUACCAGACUUUCCCAUGCUACUACGACCCAGGAGGAACGCAGACCAAUGUCAUUUUAAGCAGACUUUAUCCCCCGAAAGGCCUGCUCUUUGCUUUCCUUUGGCCUACACUCAUGUUUACUGGUGGAUGUCUGAUUAUUGUUCUGGUAAAAAUUAGUCAGUAUGUUUCCGUUCUUUCUGCUUGGCAGUAGAAAAUAAGUAUCUAGCCUAGAUUGUUGCAAGAUAUUAAAGUGCCUUUGUUCUGCCUGUCUUUAUCUGCAUUUUGUAACUUUUAAUAUACCAGGUGUCAAUCCAAGGGCAGGUAUUCCAGAAAAUUGAAUGGCACCCACUAUGGAUGGCAAUCCGUUACAUGAGGACAAAAUAUACAGUUGAUUCUCAGGAAUGCCUGAAAAUACCUCAUAAGAACACAGACUGAGUUACUAUCUAUUGUUUCCUUGGGCUUUCUGAGGUACAGUUGCUUUACAGAGCUACAAUUCAAGUUCACUGUUAAACUCUUGUUCCAUAUUUUAGACGGGGUCCUAAUUUUCUGUCUGGUUGAGACCAGUUGCUGCCAGAACCAUAUACAUCAUUACUGGCAGACACACCCUUUAAAUACUUCAUU